CUCUUACAAAACGAUAUUAUCUUUUCUCUCCCAUUUCUCUCUUCUCAUUUUCCCUUUGGACCAAAAAAUCGAAGUGCCUAUCCUCAAGGAAAUGGACAACAGAGAUAUGGAUAACGAGCCAAUCCUUCGUAGGAAUAAGGUUUUAAUACUUGUAGGUGUUUGUUUUCUCUUUCUAUUGGUAGGGAUUUUUGCUAAGCACAAUAACCACAAGUCAACCAAAGUUGAAAUUGAGAACAAGAUGAUUGGGCCUCUCGUCCCAAUGAGUAAUGUGAUGAUUUGGAAGAGGACGAGGCGCCGUUUUUCGUUUCAUCAUCACCAUACUCAUAACUCUAUCAACUAUGUAAGCAAAAAACCUGUGCCAAGUAUGCCUAACCCCAGUCACAACAGGGCACCACCAAAUUCCUGAACCUCUCCAAAACCGAUCGAAUAGUUAUAUGGGAGAAUGUGAAUUAAGCUUUGAUCAAAUGCUAAUGAAAAUAGAGUGGGAUCUGGCCCCGGUCUUUGUGUGGAAUUAAACCAGACUUCGUGGAUGUUUAACAACUCUAUCAAGUGACAAACCAACUUGACUUUGGAAAAGCUUCAAUUUUGUGCAUAUUGAAUCAAGGGAGCGGUUGAGAAUUAAGAUUUGCUUCGCAGGGAUCCAGGAAUUAAGUUGCAGGCGGCAUCAUAUGUAAAUAUUUUUUUGUUUGCAAGCUCAGAACACAGUCCGGCUAGCUCAACCACUGUUAUUGAUAAUAUUUAUUAAUUUGAUCACCAUUGUUAUUGAUCAAUUUAGUCAAUGUCAAUUUUGCCUUGUCAUGUAAA